CCCCUUCUUCUGUUGUAUAUUGAUGAAGUUGUGAGAGGAAUUGAAUCCAGCUUCAUCGUGUUAUUAGAGAUUGCGGAUGUCAAUAUUUAUGGAUCCUACCUUGAUCUUAAAAGCUUUGUUUCUUCAUUUGCAAAUCUAACCCUAAUGAUUCAAGUUUUCCUGGUUCUGCUCUGAUAUUAUGGUUUUUAUGUGUUUAAAUUAUCCAUCAUUUGAUGACCUUGCUCUCAGUUCCCUCAUUGCAAAUCUGGGUGAUUGAGUAAGCUGAAUAUUCUAUUCGAUGUUGAUGAUGGAGAAUACAGAGGUUGAGGAAAACUUGUUAUCUAUCGGUGAGCCUAAGUUACAUGGAGGAAUGUGCAAGAGCUUAUCGGCUAUAUACGCAAAAGUGCUUGGAAUAUUUCCUGAACUAGAAGCUGCACGACCAAGAAGCACUUCUGGUAUUCAAGCAUUAUGUGCUUUGCACAUAGCCCUUGAGAAAACGAAGAAUGUUCUUCAACAUUGCGCUGAAUGCAGUAAACUUUACCUGGCUAUAACAGGGGACUCUAUAGUUCUAAAGUUUGAGAGAGCAAGAUGUGCUCUUGAAGAUAGUCUAAAGCGUGUUGAAGAUAUAGUACCACAAAGUAUUGGCUGUCAGAUCUCUGAAGUUCUAAGUGAACUUCAGGGGAUUGAGUUCUCACUCGAUCUGCUGGAGAAGCAAGUUGGUGAUGAUAUAAUUACAUUGCUUCAGCAGGGGAGAAAGUUCAAUGGUAAUGACAACAAUGAACUUGAGUCAUUUCACCAAGCUGCCUCAAGACUCGGUAUAACUUCUUCAAGAGCUGCUCUAAGAGAAAGAAGGGCUCUGAAAAAGCUUGUUGAACGAGCAAGAGCAGAAGAGGAUAAAAGGAAAGAGUCAAUUGUUGCUUUUCUUUUGCAUCUCAUUAGAAAAUACUCAAAGUUGUUUAGAUCUGAAUUGUCAGAUGACAACGAUUCACAGGGUUCAACACCUUGUUCACCCACAGUUCAGGGAUCCUUUGAGUAUGGUAUUGGAGCUGGAGGCAAUAUUCAUGCCUUUGACCGGCAACUCUCGAAGCUUAGUUCUUUUAAUUUUAAACCCAACUUUAGGAGGUCAGACCAGAUGCCUGUUCCUCCUGAAGAGUUGAGGUGUCCAAUAUCAUUACAGUUAAUGUAUAACCCUGUAAUAAUUGCUUCUGGGCAAACAUAUGAAAGGAUUUGCAUUGAGAAGUGGUUCAGCGAUGGGCAUAACACAUGCCCAAAGACUCAGCAGGAGCUCCCUCAUCUUGGUUUAACUCCUAAUUAUUGUGUGAAGGGUCUGGUUGCUAGUUGGUGCGAACAGAAUGGGGUUCCGAUUCCAGAUGGCCCACCUGAGUCCCUUGAUCUCAACUACUGGAGACUGGCUUUGUCUGAAAGUGAGUCUGCGAACUCCAAAUCUACGGGAAGUAUCGUUUCUUGCAAGUUCAAAGGUGUCAAGGUGGUUCCUUUGGAAGAUAGUGGUAUUAUUGAGGAGGCCGAAGGGAAUGAAGUAGAUGACUCUGUGCAGGAAGAUGAGCUUCAAGUCAAUUCUCUUGAAAGAUACGAUGACUUCUUAGCCAUCUUAAAUGAAGGGGAAGAUUUCAGGAAAAAGUGCAGAGUGGUAGAACAGACCAGACAUCUGCUAAAGGAUGAUGAAGAAAUCAGGAUUUAUAUGGGAGCAAAUGGCUUUAUUGAAGCAUUACUAGGGUUUUUGGAGUGUGCUGUACAAACCAGGAAUGAGAUUGCUCAAGAGAUUGGAACGAUGGCUCUCUUCAACCUUGGCGUGAAUAAUAACAGGAACAAGGAGUUGAUGCUGGCGGCGGGUGUUCUUCCUUUGCUGGGAAGAAUGGUUGCUACUUCUAGUGCCAUCAGUGCAGCUACAGCCCUUUACCUGAAUCUUUCCUGCCUCGAGGAAGCCAAGCCCAUUAUUGGUUCUGGUGAAGCCAUUCCAUUCUUGAUUGGAGUCCUUCAGCGCGAGAACGAUACUCAAUGUAAGCUGGAUGCCCUCCAUGCACUAUUCAAUCUCUCCAGUAAUCCAACAAAUACACCCUACCUCCUGUCAGCUGGCAUUCUGGAUGGCCUGAAAACCCUUAUGUCAUAUACGGAUGACCAUACGACAGAAAAAUGUAUAGCGGUUCUUAUAAACCUAUCUUUAAGUAAAUCUGCAAGGGAUGAAAUUGUGUCAUCUCCUGGUCUUAUCAGUAGUCUUGCAACCGUUUUGGAUGUUGGUGAGCCUUUAGAACAGGAGCAAGCUGCUGCUUGUAUGUUGAUAUUAUGCAAUGGAAAUGAGAAAUGCAGCCAAAUGGUCCUUCAAGAAGGAGUGAUACCUUCAUUGGUGUCGGUAUCAGUAAAUGGGACUAUGAGAGGAAAGCAGAAAGCUCAGAAGCUUUUGAUGUUGUUUCGUGAGCAGAGACAGAGAGAACCCUCACCAGCUCAAACUCUGCCACGGAUUGAAAACACUGAGACGUCUGCCAUGCCUUCUGAAGAUUCAAAGCCAUUGUGCAAGUCAACCUCGCGGAAAAAAUUGGGCAAGGCAUGGAAUUUCUUGUGGAAGAACAAGAGUUUUUCUGUAUACCAGUGUUAACUAUUUGUCAUUUCCACUAGUAUGUAAAUCUCUAAUUUAUACCCCUUUUCUCAUUUUCCGUCCCAUCCCAAUGGGUAAGUUUAGUUUUUUUUUUUGUGGAAGAGAUGUACAGGUCUGGGCACCUUAGGAUACCUAGGGGCUUAUCCAUGAGUUAAUGCUAUAGCUCCAUCCUUCACAGGAAAAAGAAAGCAGCCAUUGGAUGUGAAUAUAAGCUGUUAUUUCCUGAGAUAUAUGUAGCAAUACUAGCUCUUAUUUCUUGGAUGGUUCUUUAUCCAAUCCAAAAUGGAGGAGACCGGGAUACCAAAUCA